AAUGCCAACCUCGUGAGUCGUGAUUAUAGUCUGUUUAAAGCGGGAAUUAUCCCUCUUCUUUUCAAAUCCACAAUAAAAACCAUAUCACACUUCUCGAAACCCUAAAAACUCAUUCACCUCAAAAUUCUCCUUCAAUUCGCUUCGUUUCCAUCUCAAAACAGAGGAAUUUUCAUGGCGACAACGGUUACGAACAACGACGAUCACGAAUUAGACGAUUCACGAUCUGACAGUGAUGCAGAAGAACAGAAACCUAGGGUUUUGAAGGCGAAAAACGGUGCAAAGAAGAAAUCUAAACCGAAGAAAGAGGUUGAUUCAAGUGAAGACGAAGAAGAAGAUGCACAUAUGUCACCGGAAACAGGUACGGUUACGAACAACGACAAUCACGAACUAGACGAUUCACGAUCUGACAGUGAUGCAGAAGAACGGAAACCUAGGGUUUUGAAGGCGAAAAACGGUGCUAAGAAGAAAUCUAAACCGAAGAAAGAGGUUGAUUCAAGUGAAGACGAAGAAGAAGAUGCACAUAUGUCACCGGAAACAGGUACGGUUACGAACAACGACAAUCACGAAUUAGACGAUUCACGAUCUGAAAGUGAUGCAGAAGAACAGAAACCUAGGGUUUUGAAGGCGAAAAACGGUGCUAAGAAGAAAUCUAAACCGAAGAAAGAGGUUGAUUCAAGUGAAGAAGAAGAAGAGGAAGAACACAUGUCACCGGAAACAGGUGCGGUUGAUAACAAGGAUCUGAACAACGUGGAGGAAACAGAAAUAGGAUGCAGGAGGUCGAGUAGAAGUAACAGGAAUAAGAAUCCUGUGUAUAAUCACUUUCUUAAUUUCGAUGAUUUUAAGAGCCCUAGGAAGAAGAGGAACAUAAAAAAGACUGAAGAAGGUGGAGAGGAGGAAAAGAAGGAGCCAAAAAGGCCUAGGUGUGCUGCCAAACAUAAGAAACCAGAUGAAAAUGGAGUUUUGCAGUAUGUUGAAUCGGUUAUGUGCCACCAGUGUCAACGGAAUGACAAGGGGCGGGUUGUUCGGUGCCAGAAGUGUGGAUCGAAGCGGUAUUGUGUGCCUUGUAUGACUACAUGGUAUCCUAACAUGUCAGAAGAGGAUUUUGCUAAGUGUUGCCCUGUUUGCCUUGACAAUUGCAACUGUAAAGGGUGCUUGCGCGAUGUGCAUCCUAAAGUCAAAAACAAGAUUGAUUUCAAACCUAGCAGUGACCAGAAAGUUCAGUAUUCUAUUUAUAUCCUGCACGUUCUUCUUCCGUUCUUGAAGCGUCUUAAUGAAGAACAGGCAAAGGAGAAAACAAUAGAGGCUGAAAUACAAGGGUGUGCUCUAUCAGAUGUAAAGUUGACGGCAGUAAACUGUCACUUGGAUGAGCGCAUGUACUGUGACCUCUGCAAAACAUCGAUCUUUGACUUGCAUAGAAGCUGCCCUAGUUGUAAUAAUUAUGAUCUUUGCCUUCAAUGUUGCUGGGAACUGCGUGAUGGAAAUCUUCAGGGAAACAAAGAAGUUAUCAAUCUCACUAAUUUUGAAAAUCCAGGUGCUGGUUACUUGCAUGGGUCAGAAGAAGUAAAGGAAGAUGAAGCACAUGAGAAGUCUCAUACCAUUCGGAAGACGAGAUCAUCACUCAAAGAUAAUAUAUCAUCAAAAGAGGAUAUAUCACCAAAAGAGGAUAUAUCACCAAAAGAGAAUACGUCACCAAAUGAGAAUACAAAACCUGAUUGGAAGUCUUUUGCAGAUGGUAGAAUUCCGUGUCCUCCAGAAAGUAUGGGCGGUUGCGGGCACGGAAUCCUACAGUUAACGCACAUAAAGCCACUUGACAAGAUUCCAACAUUGCUGAAGGACACACAAGAGCUCUUAAGGGAUCAUAAACUGGAGGAUGAUAUGCGAAAGAUGCCUGAAGAAUGGUGCACUUGUUCAGAUUUGGUGAAUGAAAGUGAUGCGGGUGCUAUGCAGCUACGUAAAGCUGCUUCUCGUGAACACUCUAAUGACAAUUACCUGUAUUGUCCACGUGCUGUAGACAUUGAACCCGGAGAUCUCAAACAUUUCCAGUGGCAUUGGUCAAAAGGCCAGCCUGUCAUAGUCAGUAACGUUUUAGAAACUACUCUUGGGUUGAGCUGGGAGCCCAUGGUUAUGUGGCGUGCUUUUCGCCAAAUUUCGAAUCUUAACCAUGAUCAGCUUUUGGAUGUUGCUGCUCUUAACUGUUUAGAUUGGUGUGAGUAUGAUGUUAAUGUUCACCAGUUUUUUAAGUGGUAUACGGAGGGUAAAUAUGAUAACGAAGGUUGGCCUGAAAUUAUUAAGUUGAAGGACUGGCCUCCAUCAAGUUUAUUCGAAGAACGUUUGCCACGUCAUGGUGUUGAAUUUAUUACUUGCUUACCUUUUAAAGAAUACACACAUCCUCGUGACGGCUACCUUAAUCUCGCUGUUAAGUUUCCCAAAAAGGCUUUGAAGCCAGACAUGGGUCCCAAAACGUACAUCGCUUAUGGUGUUGCUCAAGAAUUGGGUCGUGGAGAUUCUGUCACGAAACUUCACUGUGAUAUGUCAGAUGCGGUGAACGUGUUGACUCAUACUGCAACCGUGACCCCUGAUUCUGAACAAACGAAAAAGAUAAAUAAUUUGAAAGAGAAACACAAGGCUCAGGACCAGAAAGAGAUUUUUGGAAUUAAUGUUGCUAAUGCAAAAGAUGCUAUUGCCGACAAUGGAGUUGAAUCUAAAGUUGAAGGAAACACAUGUGAUGCGGAUGUCGAGCGCGAUCAAACAGCUCCAUCUACUAGUAACCACUCAAAUGAAAUCCCAUUGAAGAAUGAAGAAUGUGAUGAAGCUGAGUGUUCAAAUGACAAAGUUCAGGAAACUGACGUGAAGGGAAAAAGUCACCCAAAAAGAGGUCGAAAGCCAAAUAAGAAUGCAGAAAAGAAGUUGAAGUGCGUGAAACUUGAAAAAUUUGAUAGUCCACAUGGUCAACGCGUUAGCAAUAACGAUACCUGUGUGGAUGGAUUUGAUCUUGAAGGAGGUGCUUUGUGGGACAUCUUUAGGCGGGAAGAUACUCCUAAAUUGGAGGCAUAUGUUAAAAAACAUUUCAGAGAGUUUAGACAUAUCUACUGUCGUCCGCUGCAGCAAGUUAUUCAUCCAAUUCAUGACCAAACAUUUUACUUAACUAUGGAGCAUAAAAGGAAGUUAAAAGAAGAGUUUGGAAUUGAGCCGUGGACUUUUGUUCAAAAGCUUGGAGAUGCGGUCUUUAUACCCGCGGGCUGUGCACAUCAAGUUAGAAAUUUGAAGUCGUGUAUAAAAGUCGCGUUGGACUUUGUUUCUCCUGAAAAUGUUGGUGAUUGUAUCCAAUUAACAGAAGAUUUUCGCGUUCUACCUAAAGAUCAUAGGGCAAAAGAAGAUAAACUGGAGGUGAAGAAAAUGGCACUAUAUGCUGUCGAGGCUGCUAUACAUGACUUGAACUGCCCGAAAGAAACCAUUGAAGAGAGUGAACCCGAGAAGCCUAAAACAGCGAAGAAGAAGCCUGCGGGAAGGCGCAAGAAGACCAAGAAGACUUAACGGUUGAUAUCUUCUUUUUAAUAUAUGAUUAUGUUGUGUAGUAAACCAAAUCUCGAAAGUCUUUCAAACUGUAACGACCGACCAACCAACCCAUCGUUUUACGUUUUGGUUUUUUGUUUAUUUCGAAUAGGGUUGAUGGGGUUUUUGUUUGAGGGUAUAAAUUAAAUCUUGUUGAGGACUUAAGGUGAUUUAAUUAUUAAACCUAUUAAAUAUCACCCUA